UGUCAUCGUCAACAAUGGCUGCCUCGCUAGACCGUGUGCAACUUACUGUAGGCAGGAACACACGACACGGUGACGCGGCGUGAAUAAUUUAUGCCAUGCAUGUGCCUGGUGGGGUUCUGUGUCAUUUAGACACACGAGAUAAUCGUUAAUGGGCGUCAGAAUCUGACAGGGUUCACCGCUGCGUUAAAGGAACAUGAGACGCACCUGUUGACGAUGUGAAUACAUAGGAGAAGUUAAAAUAAAGGAGAAAUAGAAGAAGUUAAAAAUAAAUAGAAAUAAGUAGGAAUAAGUAAUAAGGGUUCGGUCUUUGGCUGGCCGUAGUUCCUGCAUUGGCUGUGCAAGACCUUCUUCCUGCACUACAGGUCAGAUGAUGGGCUGAGCUGUUGUCUGGACCCCCAGGUCCACGCAGCCCUGUCUGUACGGACUACCUUGUAGGCCAUGAAAACCUCGCACACUGGAACUUAAACGGCUGCUUAUUGUAUAACACAGAGCUUAUGAAUGAAUGAACGGCCCAAAUGUUAUGAAUAAAAGAGUUUUCCCUUUUUAUUUUAAGGAAUGGAUUAUGGCUGGCUUGCUGCAUAAAUUAUAUUUGACUUCUUAUUAAAAUGCAAGUUGUCCGCAUAAAAUCUAGAAAAUGAAUUUUCAAAAAAAAAAAAAAAAAAAGCAUUUAAAAAUAAAACCACACCACUGUAUGUUUAGCAAUCAAUCCAUCAAACUAUGUCAGGUGACAUAGUACGUGUGAUCAUCACCGCUAACGCUUGGCUGCCUUUCUACAUUCGGCGGCACACGCGGCUUUAUAAUGAACCGAGGAUAACCCCAAAUGACGUAGACGUAUGGAUAAUAUGCAAUAACGCCGCGUGGCCGCUCCGCGUUUAGAAGCUCCGUUAGACGCUGGGGGCAGUUCGCCUGAAUCAAGGAUGAGAGGCUUUGUGGACCCGCGCCACGCUGACCACCCUGCCGCUCUGUCGUCUCAUCGCAAACUCUUGUGCACCCUCUGGUGCUUGGUCGUCUCCAAAACUUCUUUGUGCUGCCUGCUUUGCAGAUUGUCUUCCUUGUCUCUGUGGUUGCUCAUUAUUCAGAGACAGACGGAUCUCAGGUCAUCUGCAGCUGCAGCGGAGGAGAAGCAGGAAAGAUGGCGAUCGUCCACUAGACCGGGCACGCGCAGGAGAUCCGGGGCAACUUUUGAGAAGCUCGCUUUUCAGGACACGGCCGUUUCCCUGAUUUUCCAGGGUGUCCUUAGCGAUGGAGGUGCUGCAGUGCGACGGCUGCGAUUUCCGCGCGGACUCCUACGACGAGCUGAAGGUGCACAUCCAGGAUGUCCACACGGCCUUCCUGCAGCCCGCGGAGGUGGGGGACGGGUCCCCGCAGCGGUCCACGUCCAACUCCGGCAACUCUCUCAGCCACACCGAGGACGAUGAGGAGGACCUCAACAGUAACGAAUAUGAACUCCUGCACAAGGAAGCAGUCCUCAACUCCUUUGAUUCAGACUCUGGGAACUUCUCCACUUCAAACCAAAUGAUAUACAGUCCACCAGCCAACCAGUCCAGCAAGACAGCAAGCCCAUUUUUCCAGUGCAAGUUCUGUGUACGCUACUUCAGAUCAAAACCCCUCCUUAGUGAGCACACUAGGAAGGUCCACGGUAUUGCAGGAGAUGACGGUGCACUCAUUGCUUCCAAGCAGUUGGGCUUCGAUGUUACAGUGCAUGAAGGUGUAGAGAAAGUGUACUCCUGUCAGUAUUGCGCGUACAAAUCUCCCCUCAGAGUCCGGAUCCUGAAACAUCAGAGGAUGCAUCACAAGGAUGGCACAUCGGGGCACUCAGAUUCUCCCGCCGAAGCAGAUGCGGGAAUUCUGGACGUGGACUCGGACGCUUCGUCUUCAGAGCAGCAGUGCCAGGGCUUGCCGGAUGACCAUACAGAGCGGAGCGUUCUGGAAUCCAUGAUCAAGCCUCAGUGCGGAGGCGGCUUCGACUGCGAGUGGUGCGGCUUUCAGACGACGCAAAGACAGCGGUUGUGCGAUCACAUCAUGAAGAAGCAUCGUAACAUGGUUAAGAUCAUGGUGUCGUUACAGCAGCCCAAAGCAGAAGGAAGUGCAGGAUCCUCCAAGUCGGAUUCUGCUUCGUCACCAAGAAGCACCCCAACGUCCAAUCUGAUGCUAAAUGACCUAAGUGGAAAUGAAGGCUCGUCGGUGAACCCCUCUUCUGUGACAGGGCACACGUCACUGAAGUCCGCACCAGGGCUGACAGAUUUUCAGUAUUCCCAGAUCACAAAAAAGAUACCCAACGCCACUGGGUCUUCCAUACUGUCGGAGAGAGUGAGCUUCGGAAUGUCAGACCUCUCCAACUCGGGAGCAGACCUGGACACCAGCGUGCUAAACGAUUCGAGGAGCAGCUCAGAGGACGAACUCUGUGAAAUGGACGAUCCCAGUUACGCCGACCCCGUGUCUGCUGAUGACUCAGCUAAGAUGCUCCUGUCAGAGGAGGACACCACACUUCUGGAGACGAAAGGAUUUCCAAUCAGAAGACAUCUGAAUAAGUUCCAGUGUCCCUUCUGUCCCCUUCUGACCACGCAUUGGCAGAGUAUCUCUCGUCACAUAGAGAAUGUGCACUUAUCCAGUAAAACCACCCUAUACAAGUGUGACCAAUGUCCAUUUCUUUGCACCAAUCCAGUUAAACUUGGCACACACAAGGAAUGUCACGGCGGGUCCUCCACUGACUGGGACCUAGCCAACGAAAGUCCAGAGGGCCAGAAUGAAGACUUGGAGCCGGUGAAUGGAGGUGAUGGCAGUUCUAAAGUCAAUGGCAAGAAAUCUGCUGCUGAAGAAGACCAAAACUCUCAUCACUGUUCACUCUGUGACUUUUCUUCUGCAACACCGAAAGGGUUACGCGUCCACCAGCAAAAUAAGCAUUCAUACUCUGAGGAGAUGCAGGCCACAAGUCAAGAGGGUUCAUCCAAUGAGCAGCAGGACUCAGAGUCUGAAUCGUACGGCUCUUCAAACUUUGUGCAAAAAACUCAAACGUCAAUCCUCGGAUUUUCAUCCAGAAAGCACCUUAUUGGGAAGACGGCCAGGAAGUCUAUCAAUGACUUGCCCUUGGAUCUGUCUCCUGUCAAGAAAAGAACAAGAAUCGACGAAAUUGCAAACAACCUUCAAAGCAAGAUCAGCCAAAGCCAGCAGCACGAGGACGUGAUUAACAUAGAGGACAUGGACGACGAAGAAGAGGAGAACGAAAACCAUGUUGAUGAGAAAAAGGAAAGAGAGAAUGCUGAAAUUCAAAGUCGCCGUUUCACUUAUAACACACAACACCUGUACAUCAGGAAAUCCGCCGGCGCCCAGGCUGAGCGCGGCGUUGGCAAACGAAAGCGCAGCUUGCAAACAAAGCUAAGCUCAAGAAAUGUUCCCAUCCAAGUCACUGUUUCCGACGAUGAGGACAACGGUUUCGGCGCCUCGGUAGAGUCUAAGGCCAUUCAAGAGCAGAGCGGUCACGACAGCAGAGAGGCGUAUCAGGAGAAUGCCGAAUACACAGAGGAACCUGGGAACCUUUUCUACUGCAAACACUGUGAGUACCAGAACAAAUCGGCACGCAGUGUGAGCACUCAUUACCAGCGCAUGCAUCCCUAUAUAAAAUUUAGCUUUAGAUACAUUCUUGAUCCAGAGGAUCAGAGUGCCGUCUUCCGUUGUCUCGAGUGUUUCAUAGAAUACAACAACUUCAGUGACCUGCACCAGCACUACAUGGAUCAUCAUCCGGAAGCUAGCAACGUUCUCAACUUUAAUCAGCCAGAUUUGGUGUACACGUGCCGCUUCUGUUCGUACACCAGCCCGAAUGUGAGGAGCCUAAUGCCCCAUUACCAAAGAAUGCACCCUUCUGUAAAAAUCAACAAUGCCAUGAUAUUCUCCAGCUACGUCGUUGAUCAGCCUCAGAAGGGUGCAGCAGAGUCGCAGACACUGAGAGAAAUCCUGAACUCUGGGCCCAAGAACUUCACAACCUCCACGUCCCGUUCUUCAUCCAGUCCUGCACUUAAAAACCUGUGCAAGGCCCCUGACUCCAGUAUGGACACUGAAGCCUUUAAGGAAACUCUUGAUGGAAAUGUUGUAGUUUAUGACUGUGAUAUUUGCUCCUUCGCAAGCCCUAACAUGCACUCAGUGUUGGUGCACUAUCAGAAGAAGCACCCAGAACAAAAGGCCUCAUACUUUCGCAUUCAAAAAACGAUGCGGGUCAUAUCCGUAGACCGAACACAACCGUCCACCAAGUCAACUUACAACCUCUCCAGUACGCCAAAGUCUUCGAAUGUGGUUUUGCCCUUGGGUCUGGAUGAGGAGGUUUUCUACUGCAAACACUGUGUUUACAACAAUCGAUCCGUGGUGGGUGUUCUUGUUCAUUACCAAAAGCGACAUCCAGAAAUCAAGGUAACGGCAAAGUACAUAAAGCACGCCCCUCCUACACCAGGGCUGAUGAAGCUUAUGGACGAGUUACAAAUUUCUCCCCCUAAACAAUUUUUGAAGCAGUUCAGCACUAACGCGGCGGAAGGGUCCGGCAAUUCGCACCCGAAAGGAACAACAGACAAAGGAGAGGGUGAAAUACUGUUUUUCUGUCAGCACUGCGACUACGGGAACCGCACUGUGAAAGGAGUGCUGAUCCAUUACCAGAAAAAGCACAGAGACGUAAAAGCAAAUGCAGAUCUGGUCCGGAGACAUACUGCUGUAGUUCGCAGUCGGAGAGAACGGGCUCAGAUGAUCCCAACAGGAAGUUCCACAUCCACCAUGACCUCGGCGACAGACGCUGAGAAAUCAAGAGCCCUUAGGUCUUUAAAAUGCAGGCACUGCGUCUACACCUCUCCCUACGUGUACGCCUUGAAGAAGCAUCUGAAGAAGGAUCAUCCCACUGUGAAGGCCACAGCCAUGACCAUCCUGCACUGGGCUUACCAGGACGGUGUCUUGGAGGCUGGUUAUCACUGUGAGUGGUGCAUCUACUCCCAUGCUGAGCCUAACGGGCUGCUCAUGCAUUACCAAAGACGACACCCAGAGCACAACGUGGACUACGCAUACAUGGCCAGCAAGCUGUGGGCAGGUCCGGACACUUCCAGGCAAGGGGGCAACGGCGACAUCAAGCAUUACCAGUGCAGAGAUUGCGCUUUUGAGGCUUGUUCCAUUUGGGACAUUACCAACCAUUACCAGGCUGUUCACCCAUGGGCUAUCAAAGGCGAUGAGUCUGUUCUCAUCGAUAUCAUCAAGGGAAACAACACGCCAGAGAAGCUGCUACCCCAAAUGGGAAAGGGGACUGUUUCCAUUUCCAGUCAAUUUAGCAGUCACCAGUCUGAAGAGGCCACCAUGGAGACCAGCAGGUCCGCACCUGAACGACACUCCCACUUUUCCUUCUCCACCACCUCCUCCAUAUCAACCAACCCCUACCAGUGCACCGUGUGCCUGUCUGAGUACAACAGCCUGCAUGGGCUCUUGACCCACUAUGGCAAAAAGCACCCAGGCAUGAAGGUCAAGGCGGCGGACUUCGCACAGGAAGCAGACAUCAACCCCAGCUCGGUUUACAAGUGCAGACACUGUCCGUAUGUGAACUCGCGCAUCCACGGCGUCCUCACACACUACCAGAAACGCCAUCCGCUGGUCAAAGUCACUGCAGAAGACUUUGCAGAUGACAUCGAGCAGGUGCAAGAAUUGAUAACCGACGGAGACGAGCGAUCCAAAAGCCAAAGGCAGGGUUACGGUGCCUACAGGUGCAAGAUGUGCCCUUACACUCAUGGCACGCUUGAAAAGCUGAAGGUACAUUAUGAGAAAUAUCACAAUCAGUCGGCAUCAGACAUGUUCGCGCUGUCACACCGGCAGUCUCCCGCCAGCAGGGACGACUCUGUAGCUGAAUGCAGCGUGACGGAAGUCUCCGAGGUCGACUUUGACCUCGCUCUCUCGGAAUUUGCGAAGGGAGAGAAGCACGCCGUGUUCCGAUGUCAGCUUUGCAAGUAUUUCUGCUCCACCAGAAAGGGCAUAGCCCGGCACUACCGUAUCAAACACAACAAUGUCCGGGCCCAGCCAGAAGGAAAAAACAACGUCUUUAAAUGCGCCCUGUGCUCCUACACCAACCCCAUCCGCAAAGGCCUCGCUGCUCACUAUCAGAAACGGCACGAUAUCGAUGCCUACUACACGCACUGUUUGGCCGCAUCCAAGUCCGUGGGGGAGAAGCCCAAUAAAGUGAUGGUGCCCUUGUCGUCCGGGGAGGACGGUCCCGCACUGAGCGAGGAGCUGAGGCAGGCCGUGGAGCGCCGCAGGUGCUCUCUCUGUUCCUUCCAGGCGUUCAGCAGGAAAAGCAUCGUCUCGCACUACAUCAAGCGCCAUCCGGGCGUGUUCCCUAAAAGGCAACACUCCAGCAAACUGGGGCGGUACUUCACCGUCAUCUACCCCCGCGAACCGGAGAAACCGGCCACCGGCGAGGACGUCGAACUGGUGGAGGUGAAAUCGGAGGCCGAUCAGGAGAGCGAUGUGGAGUGGCUGCCGUUCAAGUGUCUCAAGUGCUUCAAGCUGUCGUUUGGCACCGCCGACCUGCUCGUUACACACUACAAUGGCUACCAUGGCAAAGAGCUGAAGCAUGACUUUGUCACCAUUCAGAGCCCGGUGGAGGAUGGUGCUGAGCUCUACCAGUGUGUUCACUGUGAAAUCAAGUUCCUCACGCUCCCGGAGCUCAGCGCACAUCUCAUGAACCAUAACGAAGAAUUCCAGAAGCGAGCCAUGCGGCAGGAGAGGCGGAAGCAGCUCCAGAGCAGACAGAAGACUGCGGAGGCUCCAGAGAACAGGCCUGAACACAAGGGGGACACCUCUGACAGAGCUCCUAUUGGCUACAGAUGCAACUUCUGCGUUGAGAUGCACCCGACUCUUAGAGCGAUCUGCAACCACCUGAGGAAGCACGUUCAGUACGGGGAAGUCAAAGAGGGCCAUGUCAAGCAGGAAGUGGAGGAGGUGCCAGUGGCCGACGCCAUAGGCAACGGCAGCGUGGAGGACGCGGUUGCCGUCGACGCCGCCCACUCGGAUGAGGGAGACUCCUUGCUGGUCACCGCGGAGACAGAAGAUGGCGGGCCAGUGGUGUGUGGCGCGGGGCAGGAGAAAGCGGGGCAUCCGUGCGGCGUGUGCGACCGCGUGUUCAUGUCUAUGCAGGGCUUGCGCUCCCACGAGAGGAGUCACUCGGCAACGGCGCUGAUCAGCCGAGGAGACAAAUACAGCUGCCAGUACUGCCAGUUCCAGUCUCCAUUCAGACACAAUUUGGACAGACACGUGCAGUCUCACCACGGUCACCACAAGCCGUUCCGCUGUAAGCUCUGCCCGUUUAAGUCUGCAUACCUGAGCCGUCUGAAGAGUCACCUUCACAAAUCGCAUGCAGGUGAGAACACCUACAAGUGCAUCUCGUGCUCCUUCUCUACCAUGACGAUCGGACAGCUGCGCGAGCACUCUCUGAGGGAGCACGGCGAGAGUCUCACCCUGCCGAAACUUCGGGCGGGAACGGCCCUCCGCACCACGCGGCCCCACCCAAUCUCCACGCACCCUUCGCUCAGUCCAGACGCUCACGAGCCUGUAGGGUAUUUGGAGCCCCCGGACGUCCAGCAGCAGCUCAGUCACUACCAGCUGGCAUCGCGUGGUCAGGCUGCUGUGGUGUCCUGCGGCUCCCCUGGCCCCGCUUCCGUGGCGGGGCCUGAACACCCAGUCUCCGCCCCCCUGCGCCCCGACACCGUCCUCACCUGCGAGUUCUGCGACUUCAGUUCAGGCUACAUGCAGAGCCUGCGGAGGCACUACCGUGACCGGCACGGCGGCAAGAAGCUCUUCAAGUGCAAGGACUGCUCUUUCUUCACCUGCUACAAGUCCUCCUUCACCAUGCAUGUGGAGGCGGGGCAUACCGGCCCCCCAGAGGAGGGUCCCAAAGACCUGCACUGUCCCUUCUGCCUCUACCACACCAAACACAAGAGUCACAUGAUCGACCACGUGCUGCUGCAUCGAGAGGAGCGGGUGGUACCGUUGGAGGUGUCUCGCUCCAAGCUGUCUCGCCACCUGGAGGGCGUGGUGUUCCGCUGUCACCAGUGCACGUUCACGUGCUCUAGUGACGAGAGUCUCCGGCAACACGUGCACAAGCACGACUCGGUAAAGCCGUACCAGUGCCAGCUCUGCUACUACGACACCAAGCACCAGGAGCAGUUGGAGGAACACCUGCGGGGCGAGCACAAGGUGAUGCGGAACUUUGAGCUGAUGGGUCGCGUGGACCUGGAACAGCUGGAGGCCUUGAAGGAGAAGAUGAGCAGCACUGAGGAGGAGGAAGAGGAGGAGGAGGAAGAGGAGGAGGAGGAAGAGGAGGAGGAGACGCCGGCAGAGCAAGAAGUCGAAGAGAAGAGGCCAGAGAGUGCAGGUGUAUCGGCAGCGAUGCCCCCGGGCGGUGCUGCUGCUGCUGACGUAGCGGGUGGAGCUGCCGUGGUCAGCAGCGGUGAGAAGCGCUUUCCCUGCGAGUUCUGUGGUCGAGCCUUCUCCCUCUGCUCCGAGUGGGAACGUCAUGUACUCCGUCACGGCAUGACCGUUAACAGCAGCGCGGCUGCGCUCAGCCCCGCCCCCGCCCUGCCGUCCGCACUUCAACCACCAAUUGGCUUAGUGCCUGUGACAGACGAGGGGUUGGACCUAUCCAGCAGCAUUAUGGAAGUCGAGAGACCGUGUCAGUCUGGCCAAUCGAAGAGUCCGCUUCAAUGCGAAGACGACAAAGAUACGCUGGAGACCAAAAACGACGCGCAAAGUGACAAGUGACGCAGAAACCGAGAGGCUCGAUAGGUGUGGAACCCUGCUGGCUUUAGGUCGUGUAAAACGGCGAGAGAAUGUAAUUUAUUGUUGCUGGAAAACAAAAAAGUAGGCUGCUUCAAAAACAAACAAAAAAACCCAACAAAAAACGAAAGAAAAAGAGAGAUGUUUGUCAUAAGAAGUUUUCAUGGCUUGUUAGAUUUUAAGUGUUAAACAUUGAUAUAUAGGUUGUGUUACAUCCUUGCUGUUUGCUAGAUUUCUGAUCCUUAAUGAGUGUCACUUGGUCCCAUAGGACAGAUGCUAAUAUAUUGGUAACCAAUAGUAACCAAUAGUCAAUGAAACUGUAAGGACUCCAUUCAGGUCAAAUCAUCAGUUCCUGUGUGUGGGUGUGUUGGUGGGUGGGUGUGGUGGGGGGUCUUUUCCUAUGUUUCCUUGGUGCAGUCUGACAACAAGCCCAGAUUCUUCUUGCCUUUUUGCCUCAUUUAUCUUUUGAAUACCGAUCACAAAAUCCUGGACCAGCUGCCAACAGCAGGACAUAACCCGUAAUACAUGCAAUGAUAUUACAUAUCUUCUUUAUCCCAAAUAAAGCAAUUUUACAUUUUAUUGACCCAUUCUGACACAUUUUGUAUAAGCUUAAAAGAAAACUCCACUGACAUUGACACUCGAGUCACAUGUUGCUUGUAUGUAUUUUUACAUAUGAGUAAGAGCAUCUCUGUAUCGUUUGCCUGGGUCUGGGCCGUGCUGGACUUUAUUUAUUCAGGAGGAAACGGUGUGGAGGAAACUUCCUACCUGUGACAGGUUCAAAAGGAAGUCUAUGAUUCGACUUGAAUGGUGACUUGCGGUUUCUGGGUUGUUUUUAUAGCCUUGUGUUAAUCUUUCUGUAGCUAAAUUCCUUCAGGAAUAGUUGCCAUCUUAUUUAUCUGUGUAUCAGACGUUUGAUUUUUAAACACGUUUUUAAGAUUUUGUUUUUGUUUGGUUUUUUUUGUUUUUUUACACUGGCCCCAAAUUUUGUAGCAAAUUGCUAGCGUAUUUUAUUUACUCGGUUCUUCGUCUUCGUUUCCAGCAUGUUCGGCACCCUCAUUUUGCCUCAUGUUUUGUUUUGUUUUAUUAUUUUCCGAACUCAGACGAAAAACAAGACUACUACAGUCAUUUCUAGUCCGGCACCUUUCGCCCCAUAGCCAACCUCUGCUGGCGAAAAACCGCUCUGUGUGCUGUGACUUUUGACCCUUUGCACGACUGCUCUACUGAUAAAAGACAACACAAAAUCGAGGAAGCAUGGCACUUGGGUUACUUCGUCUCCACCUUCGCCUCCACGGAGCAGCCUCCACACUGCCCUCUAGCCGUGGAAAGUGGAGGGGAUCUCCGAUGUCUCUAAUGGUGUGUGUGUACGUGUGUGUGUACGUGUGUGUGUACGUGUGUGUGUACGUGUGUGUGUACGUGUGUGUGUGUGUGUACGUGUGUGUACACGUGUGUGUACUCUUUUUCCGGAGUAGCUAAUCCCAGUCCUUUCGAGCAAGCAGUCGUGACAGGAAGUGACAAUAAUAGAGGACACUGGGACAUUUAGUGGAAACUCGAUGCACAAGAUGGCUUGCUCUCUUUUUGUUUGAGGACUUGUUUGGAAGUCUGGCAUUUGCUUAUCCUUAAAGAUGAAGAUUAAUAAGGCAGUGAUUGUAUGUGAUGGACUUUGCUGCUCAAAUACCCCAAAGCCUUAUUAGAUAUGUAUAGCAGUUGUUUGAAACUUGAUUCCAAACGCUUUCAUCCCAACUCUGGUUGGUGCAAUAAAGCAGUCAUCGUAUAUAUCACACUAUUGAUAACAGAACAACAACAACAAAAAAAAAACAAACAAACACCAGGAGCCAUGAAAUGACUGACACACACACACACACACACACACACACACACACACACACACACAAACGGGGGGGAAGUCUUCUUGGUACCAAACAUGUCCGCCAUGUGUCUGGCCUCCCAGCCCACGUUAGGCUGCGAGCCCUCAACACGAUCGUCUUUCCCAUCUCCUCUUUGUGCGGAGGGAGAACCCAGAUGGAUUCUGGGUACUCUGCAUGCAGUUCUUGCAGUCAUGUACAGAAAAAACCUCUCGUCAAGCGUUCGAGACUGUGGUGUUUCAGGAGGGAUGCUCUACCCUUUCCUUUAGGUGUCGUCAUAUUUAACAAACAGAUAAAAAGUGAAAAGGGAAAAAAAAGAAAAGCUUUUUUUCAGUUCUCCAAUGUUCAAGGCUGUUGUACAAUGUCUGGUUUAGGGGGAAAAAAUGUCCUUUUUGUUUUGUACUUAAAAAAUAAAACCUGGGGAAUAAAAGUUGGGCGCUGUAACUAGACUGUUCCCCCUUCCUUUAUAAGGACUGGUAUAACCUUUCUAAAAGACAAACCCAUAUAAAGAAACACAAAUAAGCUUUUGGAUGCCUGGCUGGCUCUCCAAUUCAUAACACACUGGAAACUUGUAUAUAUGAUUUAGAGGGUUUUUGUUGAUUUCUGUUUCUUCUCUCUUCUGACUGUUCAAACUUCCCCAUAGUUUGACUUACAGUAGCUCCUCCAUUUUGCCUAUUUCCUGUGAAACCCCGUUUCCUGACGCUGGGUUGUGAUGUUGACUAGAAUGGUUGUUUACAAUUUUAUUCAUUUCUGGAUAUUCUGUAAAUAUUGUAAUUCAUUGUUUUUUUUAACUUGUUAAUAAAGUUAUCAGAUAACAGCA